AUGUGCUGCAAACGUCGCGCCAACAGACAAGUCUCGUCCAUGGCCAAGCUAGCCCAUGAUCAACCCAUAUCAACCUCCACUGUUAUUCACAACGAACCCAUUGGACCUCCUCCUGCCUAUGAGCAAAUCGAGAAAGAAUCCCAGAACAUCAGCCCAAGCAAAGAUUUCCAUGCGACAGAGUAUCGCAAUAACGAGUACACAAUCAGCAAUACCGAUCUCGACUCUCCAUCGCACAACACCACAAUGCACACCGUCAGACCGCAAUAUCAAUCCAGAUGUGCAGCAAAGCAUGCAGCAAAGCGCGAACGAAAGCAACUGAAGCGCGAGCAUCGCCAGGAGAACCGUAUGGAGAAGCGCGAGUACCGCAAUGAGAAGCGCGAGUUCCGCCAGGAGAAGCGUGAGCUACGCGCUGAACACCGUUCUGAGGAGAAGCAGAUGCGAAGAGCUCAUGGUGGUCCAAUUAGCAUGCUCAUCCAAGGCGUGACAAAUUUGAUGAAGAAGUAG